AUGGAUGCAAAGUACAACAACGGAGUAAGGAGAGACAACUUUUCCUCCACCGCCACCACCGACGUUCUCUACCACCUAAAUUCUCUCCCAUUCUCCGACCAGCGACGCUUUCUCUUCUCGAACCUCAAUCUGAAGCAAACCCAGAUCCCUCCCAGUCCCAAAGUCCUGCCAACUUUGGCCACUAGAAGUUUCUCCCACGAUAAAAACAACGCCAUCGACGAGAAACCUGAAUUCACCGACUUCGCUGCCGCUAAUUUCCAAUCGGAGAAGAAAUCAUUCCCUUUUCAGAACAGGAACUAUAAUCUGAUGCUUUGUUUAUUGCUUUCAUCUUUGAGGGCCGAGGUCCUGGGAUCUAUUGUCGAUGGGAAUUAG